AUGGGGUACGUGACUGAGGUGGUGAUGUUAGGUCUCUCAGAGGUGAAUGAGGUGGUGUUGGUUGUGUUAGAGGUGAAUGAGGUGGUGUUGGUUGUGUUAGAGGUGAAUGAGGUGGUGGUGGUGUAUAAGUUGCGGGUGGUGAAUGAGGUGUUGGUGGUGUAUAAGCUGUGGGUGGUGAAUGAGGUGGUGUAUGAGCUUUGGAUGGAGAAUGAGGUGGUGUAUGUUGUUUGGUGGGUGAAGCUAAAUCCUACACCUUCCUUUCACCAAGAUAUAUCCCAAAAUUUCAAUGAGAGUCAGAGCUAUCAUACCUCAGUACAAGAUUCAUACGCUGAUAAUAAUUCUACACAACCAUAUUUUGGAGUUGUUGGGGGUCAAGGUAGCAGUAAUGAAGUGUUGCGUGAGGAAGAUGAUGAUGUAGAAGAAACACAUCCAACGACGAUAGAGCCGAUCUUAACUCCGCCAGUGGUGGUGAGAUCCAAAAAGAAGAAGACUCCCAAUGCCACUACAAAAGCAGCUGCAGCAAACAUGAGUUGGUCGGUAAGAGAGGAGGAGGCUGUUAUUUCUUGCUACAUGGAACAUUGCACUGAUGCUACUAUUGGAACAAACCAAACAGGAGCAGAACUCUGGAGGAAAGUUUUUGCAUCUUAUGAAUUGGCUAGACAAUCACGACCUCAUGAAUUACCGGAAAGAACUCCUAAUUCUAUAAGGAGUCGUUGGUCCCGGAUGGCUAAAGAUGUGCUGAAGUGGGUUGGGUACCUCGAGGAAGUGGCAAGGGUCAAAAAGAGUGGCCAGGUUGAUGAUGAUGUUAGGCGCGAAGCACAUAUUAUGUGGAGACGUCAUGAAAAUUGCAAUUUCAUCUACGAGAAAGCAUUUGAGAGCCUGUUCCUUUACCCAAAAUGGAAAACUAGGAUUCGGAGGUACCUCCCAAAGAGUCUAAGGGACGAGGAAACCAACAUUACCCAAGAAUCUGACCCGGAUAGUAGCGGAAGCGGCAAAAGGGUAAGGCUUGAUGAGGAUGAUGAAGUUGCUGUAGACGAUGAUUCUACUGGUGGUAGGGCCUUUAUGUCUGGGGUAUUGUUCGACCGGUGGGGUGAAACAAGCUAA